ACCCCCAGUGACACACCUCCAAAAUCCUUCCUAGAGAGUCCCACCAACUAAGGACCAAGCAUUUGAAGACAUGAGCUGUGGAGUCCAUUUUCACUGAAAGCACCACAGGAAGACUUGGGACAGCUUGAUUUGGCUGAAGUGAAGACACAUACAGACUAUUAUAUAGAAGUGGGAGACAUCUUCCUGAGCUGGAAACUGAAUACAUGGCUCCUUGAUUCUUGAGGAACAUUCUGAAACACAUAAACAGGCGUCCUCACCAUCUUGCUGUGUGACUCCCCAGAGGUUUGAGCUAGAGUGGAAGCCACCUCCCCACUGACUGGAGAGAGCCAAAGUGACAAUAAGCAAGAGAUGGGAAAAGCAAUUGUUCCAGGUGCCUCACAGUGACAAGAAUCAGUGCCACACAGCUGCCCCCAGCUCUCAGAAAGAAAGAGCAGUGAACCCACUGCAGAGUCACAGGGCUGGCAACUGUAGUGCCCAUCACUACACACAGGAAGACGCACGGGAAGUGCCAGCGUCUUGAGACUGAGUCAAAGGACAAAGCGUUGAUCCACAAGGCUUCGAGCUGCUCCGGGAGGGAGCCGGGUCGGGCCUAAGUGUAAAAGCAGAGACUGGGACGAUGGCAGUGGACCUGCUGGAGGGUUGGUGCAAGAUCAUGAGUGUAGAUGACCAGAAAGCAUUGAUGGUGACGGGCAUACCAGUGGACUGUGGUGAGCCUGAGAUCCAGACGGUCCUGCAGGAGGCGCUGAAGUGUGUGGGCAACUACCGCCUGCUAGGCAAGAUAUUCCAGAAGCAAGACAACACCAAUGCCGUCUUACUGGAACUCACAGAGGACACGGACAUGUCUGUGGUCCCCAGUGAAGUGCAGGGAAAGGGGGGCGUCUGGAAAGUGAUCUUUAAGACCCCUAACCAGGACACUGAGUUUCUCCAGAGACUGAACCUGUUUCUAGAAAAAGAAGGGCAGACGGUUGCAGGGAUGUUCCGAGCCCUUAAGCAGGAGGGAGUGUCUCCGGCUACCACCGCCUGCACAUCCCCUGAGUUACUGGCCCACUUAGUGGGGCAGGCAGUGGUUCACGCCCCAAGGCCCCUGAUGCCCGUGAAGUACUGUAAGCUUCGAGUGUUCUCUGGGAGCACAGACCCUGCCCCAGAGGAGGAGUCCUUCGAGGUCUGGUUGGAACAGGCCACUGAGAUAGCAAAAGAGUGGCCCAUCCCUGAGGCCGAAAAGAAAAGGUGGAUGAUGGAGAGUCUUCGUGGCCCCGCCCUGGACCUCAUGCACAUUGUCCAGGCAGACAAUGCUUCCAUCAGUGUGGAAGAGUGUUUGGAGGCCUUUAAGCAGGUGUUUGGGAGCCUGGAGAGCCGUAGGUCCGCGCAGGUAAAAUACCUAAAGACGUAUCAGCAAGAAGGGGAAAAAAUCUCAGCCUACGUGCUCCGGUUGGAAACUCUGCUCCGGAGGGCUGUGGAAAAACGGGCUAUUCCCCGGAACAUUGCUGACCAGGUACGCCUGGAGCAGGUCAUGGCCGGAGCCAACCUUAACAAUGUUCUAUGGUGCCGGCUCCGGGAACUGAAGGAUCAGGGCCCACUACCCUCCUUUUUGGAGCUGAUGAAGGUGAUACGGGAGGAGGAAGAAGAAGAGGCCUACUUUGAGCAUGAGAGCAGGGAGGAGCCAGGGGAAAGAGAGGGCUAUGGCCGCUGGGACAACGCAAGGAAUAACUGAGAGACACUCCCCCUCCCUUCACCUCCUGGUGGACACAGUGACAAGGCUAAUCUUAUUACAGUGGGUUUCUCUAAUAUACAGGGUUGAAGUCAAGCAUUAGAAGCAAGUAUAUAUAUAUAUGACAUAUAUUGACAGGGUCUCAUUUUAUAGCCUAGGCUGGCCUUCAGCUUGUACUUUUCCUGCAUUAAGUCUCCCAAGCUGAGUUCUGGGAUUAGAAGAGUGUACCACUAUUAGUGACCUAUCUCAAUCCUUCUUUCUGAGGAAAAAAAAUCACCUGGACUCUGAGUAGAUUGGUUUGGUGGACUCUUAAGUAGACUGUUAGUAAAUGCAAGACUAAGAUCCUAAAAUACCUAAAGCUUCUGUACUUCGGUGUCCUUUAAGCUCACCAGGGUCAGCCAGGUAGCUCAGUUGAUAAGGUCGCUUGCCAACCUCUUCAGAUGAUGAGGACAGGAAAUAGAAACUGGUGAGGCAGGAGCGGGAGAAAUGACGUGGAGGUAAAGUGCACUUGCUACUCUUAUAGAGAAAUUCAGAACCCAGCACCCACGUGGUGGCCCACAACCAUCCGUAACUCCAGUUUCAGGGUCUCCAACACCUCCUGAUCUCUGUGGGUGCUACACACAUGUAGUACACAUACAUAAGUGCAGUGCACACCCAUAAAAUAAAUCUUUACAAAAAAAAAAAAAACAAACGAAACUGGCUAGGCAGUGUAGGGACAUUCUAAGAGUGUCCCUGGUUCUCUGAUCCAUGAAUGUCACAAAGGAGCUCUGAUUUCUCUUUGUCAGUUUCAUGGAGGUUACACUUUAGGGUGGGACUGGGACCUCACCCAGACACUAAUCACUUUGUAAAUCGCUUUAGAAGUAGAUUUUCAUGAUAAAAAUGGCUUAUAUCUAUUCCCCAAUUUUAGCCCAUCUGCUAAAUGAUUUUAGGGUUAUCUCUUCAGAGGAGGGAAUUUUAUAGUGGCCUUGAUCAGGGCUUUUCCAAGCCUCAUUAAGAGAAAACCAUUGCCUUUUGAUCAGAAGAGUGGAAUCUACUUAUCUUUUGCCUAGGGAGAGACCUGACAUUCCAAACUAACCAAAAUAUAAGAGUUAAUCCAGUUGGGCAUGCCCAUCACCUGACUAAUGGACUGCCCAUUGGAAGGCAGAUUUAUCCAACUCCAUGUUAAAGAGAUGGGAGGAAUAAUUAUCUUUUUAAGGAGAUCAUGUACUUUUCCUUUCUAGAAUCCCUGAGAUCUGUACAGUCACUCCAGAGCCACCACAAAAUGUAACUUCCACUUGUAAUUUUGCCUGGGGCCCAAGCCUAAGUAAGCUUUCUCUAGUACUUUGGACAAUUUUUUUGCUCUUUCCAUGCUAAACCUAUACCUAACUCAAAAAGGAAAAAAAAAAGGCAUGGCUUUCUCUUCUAGGUCCCUCUUCGGGAAGGUUUGAUUCCCUAGAACCCCCAUGGUGGAAGGAGAGAAGCAACUCCUGCAAGCCAUCACACACACACAUACGCGCGUGUGCGCGCACACACACACAUGCAAAUACAUGUACUGUCUUAAACGACACCAAGUAGGACAAUGUUGACUCAUACCAUAGAAGAAUGAAUUGACCUUAUUUAAAAAAAAAAAAAAACAGGUUUGAAAGAUGAGGUGGAGUGGCUUGUUGGGACAUUUCCUGUCUCAAAUUAGCAAAUUCUGGAAGCUUCCCCCAGCUGUCCUCUAUAGCUGAGCAGUCACAGGUCUUACACUAGGGAUCUGGGGAGCUGGGAGGCAGACCUUCCUCCCCCAGAUGAAUUAGGACCAUCGUGCCCUUAGGUUUCUAAUGUCACCUGAGUGUGUCUCCCUCCACACACACCUUCUUCUACUUCAUGUGGAUGGUCCCAGAACCAGCCACAGGGUCAGUCUCUUGACCCAUGGAUGACUGACCCAGUCUGUUACCAAGGAGUACACAGCUAUAGAGAGAAAUCUUUGAGCAAAAGAUGGACUUCCAAAGACACGCACAGAACUGGACAUGCGCAGGGUGGCUGUGACUAUCACUCUGGUCUGUUGAACCAUGAAGACUUUAACUGGUGGAAGUGACCUCACAACCUACUGGGGGCCACAACAUGCAGUGUGUUCCACAUAAAUCCCACUUCAUGUGUGCAGCAGUCUACUCUGUGUAGGGUGUUGUGUGCAUUCGGGUGUGUGUGUUGGGGAGGGGGUGUUGCGUCACUCUUUAGAAAGAGAAAGAAGCAGAGGCCCAACGGGUCAAAUGAUCUCAGCACCAAAAUGCUCAGAAGAGAUACCUGGACAGAAGCCCAGAACGGAUCUUGGGAACCCACCCACCACUAGCUAUGUGUCAUUCAAAUGUGUUUUCUUAAUUCUGUAGAAGACUGAUGUUAAGCAAAUGUGUUUCAAACUCCUUAAAUCUCAAACACAGGGCAGGGAGUUUCAAGUGUGCUGAGGACCAAGGCUCAGCACAUCAGUGUUCACCAAGUUUGCUCUUGUUUCCAGACUGACCCAUUUGCAGGCAUCGGUGUAUAUACUUCAAGCUCUCUGUGAUCGUACGUAGACUUGAAAGCUGUGACGUCUUGUGUGUAUGUGCCAGGUUGAGCGCACUGGGACACCAUAAACAAACACCACGUAGUUACGUGCCAGGCAUAGCGCUGGCACAGUUCAUGCACAACCUUGUGGUAGAUCCUUGUGUAGUGUAAGCAAGUUGCUUAGUCUCUCUGUA